AUGGCACUCUCCUUCUUGCUUCAACUACUACUCCUAGCACUACCCCUUCUCCUCGUCUUCCUUAUCAAAUGUAGGAGAUCAAGCAACCCAUUGCUGCCAACGGAAUUGCCUAUCGUGGGCAUGCUCCCUAGCCUUAUCGCCAACUGGAACAACCUUCAUGACUACGCCGCAGCCUUCUUGUCCGCCUCCGGGCACAACUUCGAGGUACGCGGCCCUCCGGCCACCAGCGUACGGUACCUCGUCACCUGCAGCCCGGCCAAUGUUCGCCACAUCUUCACCACCAACUUCGCCAACUACGUCAAGGGUGAGGAGCUCGCUGCGGUCCUUGGACUACUGGACGGCACCAUAGUCACCGCCGACGGCGAGUCCUGGCGCCGGCAGCGCGACACCAUCCAUCGUGUCCUGACCAGGCCACGGCUGCUGGCCACCCUAUCCCGCUGCUGCCGCGACGAGAUGGCAGGGGGCCUCGUGCCAUUGCUAAGCCACAUGACGAACGCGCGGGCCGCCUUCGACAUGGAGGACUUGCUUGGGAGGCUCGUGCUCGACAUCAUUGUCGACAACCCCAACCCGGACCCGGAUUUUCUUAACCGGGGCAGAGAGCCCACUGACUUCCUGAUCAGGACGUUCAUCAACUUCAUGGUGGCGAUGCAUGACCCGAUGGGGUCGGCCCUGUCGUGGCUCAUCUACAACCUCGCCACGCACCCGCACGCCAUGCUUGCCAUCCGCGAGGAGCUGGCGCCCAUCGCCGCCGCACGACGCAAAUCUGCCAGGGGCGUCGUGGUGUUUGAGCCAGACGAGACCAAAGACCUAGUGUACCAGCGCGCGGCCAUGUUCGAGUCACUGAGGCUGUACCCGAUCGCGCCCAUGGAGCGCAAGGAGGUCCUCGCCGACGACCUGCUGCCUAGCGGCCACAAGGUGCGGGCCGGCAGCACCAUCCUGAUCUCCACCUACAGCAUGGGGAGAUUGGAGGAGGUGUGGGGAGAGGACUGCCGGGAGUACAGGCCGGAGAGGUGGCUGUCAUCCAACGCAGACGGGAGCGGCCACACGCUGCGGCACGUGCCGUCUCAUGAGUUCGUCGCAUUCAACACCGGACCGAGGGCGUGCCUCGGCAAGAACAUCUCCGUGGCGCUGGUGACAUCCAUCGUCGCCACGGUGGCGUGGAACUUCGAUGUGGAGGUGCUGCAUAGUAACACCGUGAAGCCUAAGCUGUCGGUUAUUCUGCAGAUGAAGAACAGGCUCAUGGCCAAAGUUAAGAGGAGAUCAGAGGGCGACUGAGGGAACACCGAUCCAAAUUAAUUGUCACUGAUUUUGUACAACUUAUACUAAAUCACCAACAAUUAAGUUGAAUCAAAGAGAGUAACAAAUAAGCAAAUAAAAUUUUACGGACUUGAGCAUAUGUGACACCUAGCAAGCCGUAUAUCUCCCAAACUAGCUCAGCAU